GAUAUAGCUCAGUGCUCGGCACCAGCACCUUGGGUACGCUCUCCACAGUCAGGCUGAACAAGAAAGAGUGUGUCAGUAGCCUGUGUGCAGCAGCAGGAGUUACUCCUCUCAUUACAGAGAGACGGUAGAAAUCCACCUUAUCCUCCUGGAGCACAGAGAGAAGCUGGACUGAAGGAACAGAGAAGAAGACAUAAAUCUGCUUGAUGAGAGCUGAGUGGAAACAUCUGCUGGACUCCAGGGAGAAGAUGAUCUGCAGGAUCCUGCUGCUCAUCAUCCUCAACUCAUGUCUCUGUGCAGCAACAUUUGUAGUGAAUGUGACACAGAGCUCCUAUCAGGCAGAGGAGAACCACAGCAUCACUCUGGAGUGGACCUUCACCACCACACCUGAUCGACCCUGGAGAUUUCUGUUCAUCUACUGCAGCUUGUUAACUCCUAGGAAAGAAUCAGUCCUUUAUGAGGUCCAUGAUGGUGUUGAGGUGUCAGAGUCUCAGGAUGAACAGUUUUCAGGACGAGUCCAGAGUGACAAAGACGUCCUCAGAGAAGGACGAAUCAGACUCCAUGUGUCCAGACUGAGGACUGAAGACUCUGUUCAGAAAAACAUCACAGCUGAACCUGGAAAGAACGUCUCUCUGCCAUGUCAAGUCCCCAACAAGAAACCUGCUGUCUUUGUAAAGUGGACCCGACCUGAUCUAGAGCCAGAAUAUGUCCUCCUGUUCAGAGAUGAUCAGCUGGAUCCAGAACUCCAGCAUCCAUCUUAUCAGAACCGGGUGGACCUGCAGGACAGACAGAUGAAGGAUGGAGACAUGUCUUUGGUUCUGGAGAACGUGACGACUAACGACAGAGGAACAUACGAGUGUCGAGUUUUUCAGAGGGAAGCAAACCGAAGGAAGAGACACACUUUGACCUCUGACCCUAUCACUGUCAUCUUCCUGGAUGUAGCUCCUCCUCCAGAGAACAUGGAGGGACGCACCGAGGAUGGAAGCAGUCAUCAACAUACUGGACUGAUGGCUGUAGCUGGACUGAUUAUCACAGUAGCUGUUGGAGUGGUUGUUAUUCAUAAUCACUGAAUCCCUCCAUAAAAGAAGCAGAGGCUGAACAGGCCGUUAGAUUAGUUUCCUCCCAGUCUGCUCUGUCAUUUCUCUCCCUCUGCUCCACCUCCACUGCUAUCAGCUGUGACUCCACCUGGUCCUCCUGGUUUCUCUGUCCUCCCAGUAUUUAAGCAGUUCUACUGAAUGUCCAUGUCGCUGCUUCCUCCAUUUGUUCCCUGCCGGUUACUGUAAAUGUUGCGUUAUACUGACACCUACUGGACGGGAAACAACACUGCAGGCUACUGAGGUGAAACUCAUCUGACAAACUGAUAUUUAAGUAUACAGUU